AUGGUCACUGUAGCCCUCGCAGGCGCCACGACAGGCUUCGGCCUCACCAUCCUCCGUACGUUCCUGCACCUCAACAAAGGCGAACACAAAAUCGUUCUGCUCUCUCGCUCCCCUCAACCAGCGCUCUCUGCUCGCGGCAUCGACGUCCGCCCCGUAGACUACACCUCCCACGCGCAACUCGUGCAAGCCCUGCAAGGCGUGCACACCCUCCUCUCCGUCAUCGGCGGCUCUCUCCAGGGCCUGCUUGACUCGCAACUCGCGCUCAUCGACGCAGCCAAAGAAGCCGGCAUCAAACGCUUCGCGCCAAGCGAGUACGCUGGGAACGGCUACGAGGGCGUGGAUCUGUACCAGCCGAAAGCGGUCGUAUGGGAGGCGACGCAGAAGUCUGGAUUGGAGUAUACGCGGUUUGGAUGUGGCUUGUUCAUGUCUGUGCUUGCGACAGGGACGCCGAAGGGGAGGACGGAGGUUGGGGAGAGGGAGGGAGUGGCGACCGGGGAGGAAGAGGCGCUUGCUGGGUUGAGGCCGUGGAAUUUCGUGGUGAAUGUUAAGGCGGGGACGGCGGACUUUGCGGGCGAUGGGAGUGCGCCGACAGUUUUGACUGAGAUGCGGGAUGUUGCGAGGUUUGUUUGGGAGGCGCUGAGUUUGGAAAAGUGGGAGCCUGAUAUGGGUAUGCGAGGCGAUGUGAAAUCUUUCCGGGAACUCGUGCAAAUCCUGGAGAAAGUCCAGGGCCGGAAGUUCCUCUCACAGGACAACAGCUUCGAGAAGUUGGAAGAGGAAGCCGAGGAUCCAAGCAAGCGGUUCUACAACCAGGCUCGUAUGGCGUUGGAGAAGGGCUGGGGCAUGGUCGGCGACGAUUUGAAUCGCGCCUUUCCCAACGUCAAGCCAACGACGUGCGAGGAGUUCAUCGAAAAGUGGUGGGGAGGCGUACAGCUCGGCGAGGCAAAAUGGGAGGAGAUGAAGUCGUUCAGCGAAGAAGACUUCUGA